AUGUUGGCUAUCCAUACGAGGACUUCAUCCGAAAAAGCAUACCAAUUAGCGGCAUCCCUUGCUCCGCAAGAUCCAGCCCCCGUCUCCAACUCGUCCGCUGUCAAGUACGAAACAGGGGAUUACAAGGGUUCCAUCACAUACAUCAAACAUGCAUUGGCUCUUUCUGCUGCCGGGACCAACGACGCUGCAAAGAUUGAUAAGCUCAACGCUCGACUCGCCAAAUGUUUCCUUCAUCUACGCGACUUCAGCUCUGCCAGGGAUGCCUUACUCGCCAUCAGCAACCGAGACCUCCGGAUUGAGCUGUCCGAAUCGCUGGAAUCUGCGCUAAAGCUCCAGGCUGCCGUUGCUGAUGAAUGUGCUCUCAGAAAACAGAUCCUGAAUCAUGUACCGCGCUUCAAGUCAUGGCUCUCCAAUGUUGCUGAAUACUACCCUUCUGGCCACGACCAGGCUGAGUUGCUCAAAGAACCACUCGGAAUUGAUAAGAAUGGCAAGAGGCUUGACAUAUCUUUGCUCUUUGCUGGUUGCGGAGACGCAUGA